UUGAUUGACAACGUCACCUCCAUACCUCGAAACUGUGCAAGCUCAUCACAAACGAUACCAGGGGGCUUUUACACACAUCACUUCCUGAAAAAUUAGUAAGAAAAUCCGUAUUGACCACCGUGCUUUUAUUUUGCUGCCCUACACCAGCUUUGCUCGUCACGGUUUCCUUUUCCCAAAUUGCUUGACAGACUAGAGAGGAAAUCGUUGACGAGUCGGGACCCAGAAGGUGAAAUCCGACAACCAUUCACUUCAGAACUGUCUUUCAAAUUUGACGAAUGGCGUGGAGACUUCAAAGCUUUGGCCUUCCUAAAGAAAACGGCAGCGGGAAUUCGUUUAAUAAUAUGAGUUAUGAAUUGCAUGACUUUCUGCCCGAUAAUGACUACCUAAAACAAACGGAACCGGUGGUUGCCCUGUUUGUGUUGUUCUAUGUCUUCAACUUCUGCCUUUGCAUCGUCGGCAACACCAUGGUCUGCUACGUCAUCUUGAAAAUCCCGCGCAUGCAGACGGUCACAAACUUCUUUCUUCUAAACUUGGCUGUAAGUGACCUUCUUGUGGCAGUAUUCUGCAUGCCAUUCACGCUGGUGGAUAACAUCAUAAGAGGUUGGCCAUUUGGCGAUGUCAUGUGUAAACUGACGCCUGCUGUCCAGGUGGUCUCCGUUGCCGCUUCAGUCUUCACACUGGUUGCUAUUGCAGUCGACAGGUUCUACUCAGUCGUGCAUCCUACCGAGCCCAAAAUCACCAUUCGUGGAGUGCAGAAGAUUGUCAUAGCGGUGUGGUUACUGGCCCUAUUCAUCAUGGUGCCUCAAGUACUCCUCAUUGAAGAUAAGACGAUGACAUUCAACUUCUUCAAAGAGACACUCUCGUUGCACAUCUGCGCUGAGACCUCUCAGUUAUGGAGAAAGGUGUAUACGGUUUUGCUCUUCGCUACGUGCUAUCUAAUUCCUUUGGCCGUUAUCGUGCUUUUGUACAUAAGAAUUGGGCUGAAAGUGUGGGAGAAGCCCAUUCCUGGAGGUCAACAUGCUCCAACACAGGUCAAACAGGCAUCCUGGAAACGUAAAGUCAAGGUGGUGAAAAUGUUACUAGCCGUGGUUGUGCUUUUUGCGUUUUCGUGGUUGCCAUUACAUACCCUGUCUUUGCUUUCAGAUCACGGUUUCCUUACACUCGAUCAAAGAGACACAAUCAAUGUGUACAUAUACCCUAUAGCUCACUGGUUAUCUUACUUCAACAGUUCUGUGAACCCUAUCAUAUAUGGGUAUUACAACGAAAACUUUCGCAACGCGUACAAAUCCAUGAUGUGUGAUUCAAGUAGCGCUUUUCUUCACACUCCUUACACUAGGACAAGCUCUCGGUCUCCGGCCUUAUCUAAUAGAAAUCAGUCCUCACCACGGGGUAGGAGAAGUGAAAAUGUACAAGAUAUCCAACUUGAAGUCAUCGUGACACAUUUGGUUGUUGAUAACCACUUAGCGCCCCCUCAGUAAAGCAUUCUUGCAAAUAUUUAUGCGAGUGCAUUUAUAGUAAACACAGUACAUUGUCUGAAAUUAGAGCUAGUUAAAACAUGAAUACAUGUAUAUUGCUCAGUUUCAGAGCUAAUAGUUGCUUACAUAUUAUAUAUUUUAUUGUGUAUGUAGCAUUUAACUAAUGAACCUUAAAGCAUAGAUUGGACAUGAAACACAUCGCUGAUGAAUGCUUACGUGCAAAGCUGACAUGUUCUAUCGAUGUUUUGUUUCCUUACAAAUAUAAAUUGUAUUUGAGCUUUUGUACUAGAAGAAGCACAUAAUAGUACUGUUUCUCCAGCUAACAAAGUUCCAAAUGUCAUGAAAUAACGUUGCAUGUUUAGGAAAUGUACUGCGCUAGAAGACAAUGUAAUAGUGGUAAACAAAUGUAACGAAUGCUCCUUGUUUCGCAUCAACAGUGUUGAAUUCAAAUAAGCGGUGAGUCAUAGUAGCUUGCAUAAGUCAUCUCCGUGGUACACAGUAAAUAUUGUGAAAUACACAUUCAUCAAAAUCUAAAGGGGGUGAUAUUUCUCAAGAUAUACAUGUAAUUUGAGCAUAAAAAAUAAAUGCAUGCUUAUGUGGAAAACUCCAAAUGUCAGCCUUGAACUUCAUUAUGUUAUUUUCAAUAUCAAUAUUCUGUAUCUAACCAAUGCGUACAGAG